AUGGAGAAUCAUCCAAAGCUUUUUCUUGCUUCGUCUACCACGCUGGGAGAUGCACCAGCUUUAUCCUCAAACAUGACUGGUUCUAAUGCCCUAGAUGGUGUAUUUUAUAACAGUGAUGUCCCGGAUGGAUUUAAGAGGGAAAUCCGUUUCCCUAUAGCACAAGUGAACGAUAUUUCUUUUAGCAAGAGCGUUGUACCAAUGGAAAAUGAAGUGAAAUCUGGUAAGGAAAAGUGUGCUGAGAAGAAACCCAAAAAACCUAGAAUUGCUUUUCGAACAAGAAGCAAAGUUGAUAUACUGGAUGAUGGCUAUCGCUGGAGAAAAUACGGUCAAAAGGCAGUGAAGAACCAAAGUUUUCCAAGAAGCUAUUAUCGAUGUACUCAUGAAGGGUGUAAUGUUAAGAAGCAAGUGCAAAGACAAUCGACGGAUGAAGGCAUUGUGGUGACUACUUACGAGGGGAUGCACUUGCAUCCAGUAGAAAAACUUAGUGACAAUUUCGAACAAAUUCUCAAUCAGAUGCAAAUUUAUCCUGCUUUUUGA